AGUAGAAGUUUGGGUAGGAAAAAGGGUGGUUGUUGUAGAUGGCGUAACUUAACACGCAAUGAAUUGUCUGAGUCUCACUUAGUCUCCUCUCCCAUUUCCCACCAUAACUACACACUGAUUCAAGCUUUCUCCCCCAAAAACACCACUUCCUUCUCAUAUCGCAGAAACUUGUGGGUAUGGAAAUCCUGUCUGGUCAUUCAGGGCCUUCUUGUCAACAAAUAACUUUGACACAGAAGUUUCCUGAGAAAAGCUUAGGCUCAUUCCCACCAAAGUUCUCAAGAAGAAGAAAACAGAAAUUUGUUUGUGAUUUAGUCAGAUCAGAAGUAUGGUCUUUGCAAAAUUCUCUUCCAUCUGCCUUUCACCUUAGCCAUUAUAAUGGUACUCGUAGGUUUAUGUCAUUAGAUGCUAUUAAAGGGGUUGAGGGUGUUAUCGAUGUAGAAGAAAGCCUAGAAAAUGUGAGCAAAAGGAAGGAAUCAAUACCUAAGGUUUUAGUACCAGGGUUGCCAGAUGAUUCAAAAGGCGAUCUUAGUGCUCCAGUUAGCAGUGGUCAAUGGGAGUGGAAACCUAAAUUCAAUAUCCACUAUGAAAGAUCGGGGUCAAGAAACACCGGUUCGCCCCAGGUUCUUUUUCUUCCGGGCUUUGGUGUGGGAUCCUUCCAUUAUGAAAAGCAGUUAAAGGAUCUUGGUCGUGAUUUUGGAGUAUGGGCAAUGGAUUUUCUUGGUCAGGGUAUGUCAUUGCCAGGUGAGAAUCCCACCCUUCAGCCUCAGAAUGAUGGUGAAUCACAGAUAGUUAAUCCAUUGUGGGGAUUUGGUGAUGAGACUGAACCUUGGGCAGAUGACCUUGUUUAUUCUAUUGACUUAUGGCAGGAGCAAGUACGAUAUUUUAUAGAAGAGGUCAUCAAGGAACCAGUUUAUAUUGUGGGGAAUUCACUUGGGGGAUAUGUUGCACUUUACUUUGCAUCAUGUAACCCUCAUUUAGUGAAGGGUGUCACACUACUCAAUGCAACACCGUUUUGGGGAUUCUUCCCAAACCCUGAAAGAUCUCCAAUACUGUCGCAGAUGUUCCCGUCAGCUGGGGCAUUUCCACUUCCUCCACGUGUCAGAAAAAUCAUGGAAGUUGUUUGGGAGAAGAUGAGGGAUCCUAGAAGCAUCCGGGAGAUACUCAAGCAAGUUUAUGCAGAUCAUUCUACAAAUGUAGAUAAGGUCUUCUCUCGUAUACUUGAAAUAACAGAACAUCCAGCAGCGCUCGCAUCAUUUGCAUCGAUAAUGUUGGCUCCUCAGGGAAAGAUAUCUUUUGGGGAGGCUUUAUCCAGAUGUAAAACUCAUGACAUACCCAUAUGCCUCAUGUACGGAAAAGAAGACCCGUGGGUGAGACCUGUUUGGGGUCAACAGGUGAAGAGGCAGCUGCCUGAAGCUCCUUAUUAUCAAAUAAGCCCUGCAGGCCAUUGUCCUCAUGAUGAAGUUCCAGAGGUUGUGAAUUAUCUACUACGUGGGUGGAUAAAGAACUUGGAAUCAGAAGGUUUUGUUGCAUUGCCGUUGCUUGAUGAUGAAAGUGGUCGGUAUGACGUGGCUAAGGAUUUGGAAUACAUGAGAGACGGAACAAAGAGAUCGGUGAGGGUAUUGUUGUAUGGAUCGGAGUUUUCGAUGUGGAGCAAAUUGAGUUCGUUGGUCAACACGCAAUUAGAAAGCCUCACAAUGAAGUUCAGGUGAUGGGUUAUUGUCUUCAAAUAUAAGUGCUGUGAAGUUUGAAAUAUUGUUCAAAUAUUAGCAUUUGUGUAAUAGAUGUAUAUAAAUUAAAUUAAAUUAAUUAAUUGUAGCUGAUUAGAAAGACUCUUGGUUGGAUAGGUAGCCAAGUUUAUUGGAUCCUAUCACUCUCAAAUUGGUUUUGAAUUUUUAUGAUAAUUGAAGAUUGCAGUUUA